UAGUGUUGAGUAAAGAGAUGAAAUGUAUCUGACCUGUUUCCUAACAUGUUUUAUCGCACGCCUCUAGAUAAGGUAGCUUUACGUUGAGCAGACUGUCUUUUUGUUGCCGUCACGCGUAAGAAUAAGAAGUGGGACUUGUGUCGUGUUUGCUCCAGCUGUAUCGCUAAGGUAAGGGCUGUAAUCAACGUUUGAGCCUGAGUUAAAGUACCAGCAAAGCUGCUUCCUUGAACAUGGCAGAGAUUUCCAAUGAGGACGACAUACAGAACAGGGCUGGGGACACGGUGGACGCCUUAAAAUGGACUGAUGAAUGCAACAAGCCGGCAGCUGCUGAUGAUGACAGGAAGGUGAGGAACAGCUCGGGCAGUCAUGCUACGCCCUCUGAACCCUACCGCUACCGAAUGGACUACCCCUGCAUCGGAACCUGCCUGAUAAUCAACAACAAGAACUUCCAUAGAAGCACUGGAAUGACCACCCGGACUGGAACCGAUGUUGAUGCUGCUGGUGUUGCUAAGACCUUCUCCAAACUGGGUUACAAGGUCAGAUUGUUCAAUGACCAGACCAUGGCUGAAAUGAAAAGACAGUUAAUGGCAGUGGCUGCAGAGGACCACAGUCAGAAUGCAUCAUUUGUGUGUGCGCUGCUCAGUCAUGGAGAUGACGGUGGGAUUUAUGGCACUGAUGGAUUGGAAAAGAUUGAAAAUCUGACCCAAUGCAUUAAAGGAAAUAAUUGUAGGAGUCUGGUGGGGAAACCAAAGCUCUUCUUCAUACAGGCAUGCCGAGGUACAGAGCUGGACGAUGGUGUAGAGACCGAUGCUGUAGGAGCACAAACAUCUGAGAGGAUUCCUGUGGAGGCAGACUGUAUGUAUGCAUACUCUGCUGCUCCAGGCUACUACUCCUGGAGAAACACCACUAAUGGCUCCUGGUUCAUACAGUCAUUGUGUGAAACUUUGAAUAAGUUCAGUGGACAGCUGGAGCUGAUGCAGCUCAUGACAAGAGUCAACCACAAGGUGGCGUUCAACUUUGAAUCUGCAUCCAACUUGCCUGGGUUUGAUGCAAAGAAGCAAAUUCCCUGUGUUUUGUCAAUGCUGACCAAAGAAUUUUACUUCCCUAAAUAAAUGAGCUAAAACCUAAUCCGGUUUAUAAACUAAUCACCUUUGGUAGUCAGAAAGGACUGUAAAGGGAAACAGAACUGGAUUUAUUUUAUUUGGAGCACAAAGAGAACUGGUUGUGUCCAGCUUUUGGAUGAAAAAGGCUUAAUUGGUGAUUUUAGUUUAGUCUUUUAAAUGUGAUAUAUAAAAUUACAGAAACUGUUUUUAUGGUGAAAGAGAAUACAAACUUUGUUUUUAGGAUUCAGAACAAUCACAUCAACUCUGUAUUUACUGAAUAAACAACAGUACGUUUCUGUAA